GAAGGGCUCAGGGACUCCCAUUUCCUGGCCUGGAAAAGGUCCCGCCCCCCGCCCCUAUGACCAACAUGAGCUGGAGCUUCCUGACGCGGCUGCUGGAGGAGAUCCACAACCACUCCACGUUCGUGGGCAAGGUGUGGCUCACCGUGCUGGUGGUCUUCCGCAUCGUGCUCACGGCCGUGGGCGGAGAGUCCAUCUACUCGGACGAGCAGACCAAGUUCACGUGCAACACGCGGCAGCCGGGCUGCGACAACGUUUGUUACGACGCCUUCGCGCCCCUGUCCCACGUGCGCUUCUGGGUCUUCCAGAUCGUCGUCAUUUCCACGCCCUCCGUCAUGUACCUGGGCUACGCGGUGCACCGCCUGGCCCGCGCCUCGGAGGAGGAGCGCCGCCGCGGCCCCCGCCGCCGCCCCGGCCCCGGCCGCCGCCCGGCCCGCGCGCCCCUGCCGCUGCCCCCGCCGCCGCACCCCGGCUGGCCCGAGCCCGCCGGCCUGGGCGAGGAGGAGCCCAUGCUGGGCCCGGCCGAGGAGGAGGACGAGGAGUCGGCGGUGGCCGACGGCCCGGGCGAGGAGGCCGAGGCCGAGGACGCGGGCGCGGCCAAGAGCGCGGGCGGGGACGGCAAGGCGGCGGGGGCCCCGGGUCCCUCCGCGCAGCACGACGGGCGACGGCGCAUCCAGCGCGAGGGCCUGAUGCGCGUGUACGUGGCGCAGCUGGUGGCGCGGGCCGCCUUCGAGGUGGCCUUCCUCGUGGGCCAGUACCUGCUGUACGGUUUCGAGGUGCGGCCCUUCUUCCGCUGCAGCCGCCAGCCCUGCCCGCACGUGGUCGACUGCUUCGUGUCGCGGCCCACAGAGAAGACCGUCUUCCUGCUGGUCAUGUACGUGGUCAGCUGCCUCUGCCUACUGCUCAACCUCUGCGAGAUGGCGCACCUGGGCCUGGGCAGCGCGCAGGACUUGGCCGGCCCGCCCGACUACAGCCUGGUGGUGCGCGCGGCCGAGCGCGCGCGCUCCCACGACCACGACCUGGCCAGCCUGGCGCUUCAGGCGCUGCGGGACCGGCACGCGCUGGGAGACCGCGACAGCCCGCCGUGCCCCGGCCUCACCGCGGCCGCCCGGGGGCCCCCGCGGGCCGGCGCCCCCGCCUCCGGCUCGGGCAGCGCCACGUCGGGGGGCACGGGCACCGGCGGGGGCCAGGCCAGGCCAGGCGCCAAGCCCAGGGCGGGCUCGGAGAAGGGCAGCGCGAGCAGCAGGGAGGGGAAGACCACCGUGUGGAUCUGA